AUGGAAGAGGUAGAUGGCUUGGAUGAAAUCAUGGUUUGUCUACAAGAAGUGGAUGAAGAUCCAAAAUCAUAUGAAGAAGCCAUGAGUUCAUUUGAUGCUAGCUUCUGGAAGGAAGAAAUCAACAGCGAGCUCGAAUCUAUUAUGGCAAAUCAGACUUGGGAGCUUGUAGAAUUGCCAAAGGGGGGCAAAGUCAUUGGCUGCAAGUGGAUUUUCAAGAGAAAGUUGAAGACCGAUGGUUCUGUUGAGAGAUUCAACGCCAGACUUGUGAUUAGGGGUUUCUCUCAGAAGUUUGGUGUAGACUACUUCUAUACCUACUUACCUGUGACAAAGAUUUCCACUAUUCGUCUUUUAUUUGCUAUAGCUUCUGCUUAUAAAUUGCUUGUGCACUAG